AUGUCGACAAUAACCACCACCAGAUCGCUGCUCUCCUCCGCUUCUUUGCGCGGAUCCGCUGUUUCUUCGAGGAACAAUCGCGCGAAGAGCAGCAGCAGAUCAACGAAGCAAGAACGAAGAAGAAGAUUUUGCGUCUCCCCGAAAAUGUCAUUUUUGGACGUCCCAUCCGAGGAUUUACCGGUCGUGAACGCGAACAAGACUAUUAAAAUCGGAAUCAAUGGGUUCGGGAGAAUCGGUCGAUUAGUCUUGAGAGCCGCUUUGGAACGCUCUGACAUCGAAGUCGUCGCUAUUAACGAUCCGUUUAUCGAGGCUGAGUAUCUCGCGUACAUGUUCAAAUACGACUCGACGCACGGGAAUUUGAAGUGCCCGGUUUUGAUCAACGACGACGGCGAGUUGGAGAUUGGUUACGAAGGCACGCCGUUCGCGAAGAAGUGCGUCAAGUUAUUCACGGAGAGGGAUCCGGCGAUGAUUAAGUGGGAUAGCGCGAACGUGGAUGUGGUUGUUGAAUCUACGGGCGUUUUUACUACCACGGAGCAAGCUUCGGCGCACUUUUCCGGGGGCGCGAAGAAGGUUGUUAUUUCCGCCCCAUCCGCGGAUGCGCCGAUGUACGUCGUCGGUGUCAACCACACGGAAUAUAAGGAGAGCGAAUCGGUGAUUUCGAACGCGUCGUGCACGACCAACUGCUUGGCGCCGUUGGCGAAGAUUAUCCACGAGAAAUUCGGCAUCAAGGAAGGUCUCAUGACGACCGUACACGCAACGACAGCGACGCAAAAAACCGUCGACGGUCCAUCUGCGAAAGAUUGGAGAGGCGGGAGAGGCGCCGGGGCGAACAUUAUUCCAUCUUCCACCGGAGCUGCUAAAGCAGUCGGCAAAGUAUUGCCGGAAUUGAACGGCAAGCUUACCGGUAUGGCCUUCCGGGUCCCGACGCCGGACGUCUCCGUCGUCGAUCUCGUCGUCAAGUUGGAAAAGAAAACCAGCUACGAAGAGAUUUGCCAGGUUUUGAAAGAAGCCUCGGAAUCGAAAGCGUACGCCAACAUCUUUGGCUACACCGAAGACGCCGUCGUGUCCACCGAUUUUUGCCACGACUCGAGAAGUUCCAUCUUCGAUGCCAAGGCGGGUAUUAUGCUCGGCGACGACUUUGUCAAACUCGUGAGCUGGUACGACAACGAGUGGGGAUAUUCGAACAGAGUCCUGGAUUUGAUCGCGCACGUCGGAAACGUCGCGGAUUUGGGCGAACCGAGAUCUUCCUCCUCCUCCGCGUCUGACGAUAAAAAUAACAAGACGAAGAAGAAGUUUGCCUUGUUUUAA